AUGAAAAAAUUCAACAUUGAAGAAGUACAAGAAAUCAUGAGAAAUCAAGAUAGCAUUAGAAACAUGUCAGUGAUUGCCCAUGUUGAUCAUGGAAAAACAACACUCACUGACUCUCUCAUCGCCUACAAUGGCAUCAUUUCGAUGGACAAAGUAGGCAGUGCGUGCACCAUGGAUACUAGUGAGGAGGAGAAAAGCCGAGGAAUCACUAUUAAAUCCACUGGUGUAUCACUUUAUUACGAGUUGAAAGAUACCCCAAGCAAGGAUGCUAAGACAUCCGAUGAAGAUACAACAACAGCAUCAACCGAUGAAACAAUCAAAAAGUUCCUUAUUAAUUUAAUCGACUGUCCAGGGCAUGUGGACUUUUCGUCAGAAGUAACAGCAGCUUUAAGAGUAACUGACGGAGCUCUUGUAGUCGUUGACUACAUUGAAGGAGUGUGUGUUCAAACUGAGACAGUGCUUAGAUAAGCUCUUUAAGAAAAAAUCGUACCAGUACUGAUGGUAAACAAGAUAGACAGAGGCAUACUUGAACUUCAAGUAUCUGGUGAAGAAAUGUACUAAAGAUUUUUAAGAGUAAUCGAAAGUGUGAAUGUAGUCAUAAGCACAUAUGAAUCUGAAGAAAGUGGUUUGACACUCUAAGUAGACCCUACUGAAGGUAAUGUAGCUUUUGGAGCUGCUCUCUUUGGGUGGGCCUUCACUCUAGACAAAUUUGCCAAAAUCUAUUCAGAGAAAUUCAAAAUUGACAAAAAAAUUCUGGCUAAAAAGUUAUGGGGUGAUAAUUAUUAUGACCCGAUGAACAAAUAAUGGAUCACAUAAGAGACAACAGCUGAUGGAAGAAAACUCUAAAGAGGAUUCGUCCAGUUCAUCAUGGAUCCUAUAAUUAAGCUCAUGCAGAGCAUAAUGGACAACAAGAUUGAAGCAGUGACUAAAAUGACAGCAGCCUUAGGAAUCAAACUUAAGGAACAAGAACUGCAAAAGACCAAGAAAGAUCUUGUGAGAGCUGUUUUCAUGAAAUGGCUUAAUGCAGGAGAAGUUCUGAUGGAAAUGAUCGUUCAGAAACUCCCAUCACCUAAGGUAGCAUAGAGAUACAGAACUUCAUUCUUAUAUGAAGGUCCUUUAGAUGAUCCAUGUGCUUUGGCAAUGCAAAACUGUGAUCCAAACGGUCCAUUAAUGAUAUACAUUUCCAAAAUGGUGAAAAGUAGCGACAAAGGAAGAUUCUACGCCUUUGGAAGAGUGUUCUCAGGAACAGCAAGAUCUGGAUAGAAAGUGAGAAUAAUGGGACCCAAUUAUGUUCCUGGAAAAAACCACGACCUAUUUGUCAAAUCCAUCCAAAGAACUGUUCUAAUGAUGGCAGCUAAAGUUGAACCUAUAUCAGAAGUCCCAUGUGGAAACACCAUAGGUCUUGUUGGAAUCGACUAAUACUUGGUUAAGUCAGGUACAAUCUCUGACUGUCCUGAAGCUCACAAUAUAAGAGCAAUGAAGUACUCAGUAUCUCCAGUAGUAAGAGUAGCUGUUAAACCCAAAAAUGUGCAAGACUUACCUAAGCUUAUUGAAGGUCUCAGAAGUUUGGCAAAGGCAGACUCACUUAUACAAUGCUACACAGUUGAGGAGACAGGAGAGCAUAUUCUCGCAGGCUGUGGAGAACUUCAUUUAGAAGUCUGUAUUAAAGAACUAGAAAGAGAACAUGCUUAAAUCCCAAUUGAGAGAAGUGAACCAGUAGUUACAUAUUAGGAGACAGUAACCACAGCAAGUAGUCAAAUAUGCCUAUCUAAGUCCUAGAAUAAGCAUAAUAGGUUAUAUGCAACUGCUGAACCAUUAGGAGAAGAAUUCUGCAAAGCCAUAGAUCUCAAGACUAUCUCAGCAAGAGAUGAACCUAAGGAAUUAGCUAAGAAUUUAGUUGAUAACUAUGGAUGGGAAAGUUUAGAUGCAAAGAAAAUAUGGUGUUUUGGACCAGAUGCAUCUGGAACUAAUGUUCUUGUUGAUUAAUCCAAAGCAAACCAGUUCAUCAGUGAAAUCAAAGACCACGUCUCAUCAGCAUUUUAAUGGGCCUCAAGGGAAGGAGGAAUGACACAAGAAUAAAUGAGAGGAAUAAGAAUCAAUCUUAUUGAUGCAACUCUGAUCUCAGACUCUAUCCACAGAGGUGGAGGCCAAAUCAUCCCAGCAGCAAGAAGAGUCAUCUAUGCUUCAUAGUUGACUGCAACUCCAAGAUUGUUAGAACCAGUUUUCCUAUGUGAAAUCCAGGCACCUGAUUCAGUUGUCGGCGCUAUCUAUCAAGUCAUUGGACAAAGAAGAGGACUGAUCAUAUCUGAAGAACCUGUUUUGGGAGCUCCUACUGUUAUCAUGAAGUCUUACUUGCCAGUGGCUGAAUCUUUCGGCUUCACUGAACAUUUAAGAAGUGCUACUCAGGGCAAAGCUUUCCCACAGUGCGUUUUUGACCACUGGCAGAUUGUUAACUCUGACCCAUUCGAUCAGACUUCCAAGGCAGGUCAAUUGGUUGACCAAAUAAGAAAGAGAAAGGGACUUAAACCUGGUAUUCCUGAACUGUCAAACUUUCUCGACAAGCUCUGA